UUCCCUACCCUUUCCUGGAUUGCAAGAGACUAUUUGCCUAUUCAAGCAUCAUCAGUUCCAUGCAAGCAGCUCUUUUCAAUGGCAGGGAUUGCAGAUACAAAGCGGCAGAACAGGACAACUUCAAAUAUUUUUACUUUGUUCCAGAUGGUGCAUGACUACCACCAAAUGAUUGUACAUUGCCAGGCUGGUCAGAAAUUUGAGGAGGCAGAUGUCUUGGCCAUAUUUUCUUCAAGCAGUUCUGAUUCUGAUUAA